GCCCGCCCCGCCAAUGCUCAGCGGAGCUGCCCCGUUCGCAGCGCUGCGCGGCCCCGGUGCUCCGCGUCCGCCCGCCGCCGCCGUGCACCAUGGGGGGCGCCGAGCCCCAGCCGCGGGUAUGACUCGACCGCAGCGCUCCGAGCUGAGCAGCGGGCUCCGCGCGGAGCCAGAAGAUGAAGCCCAUCAUCCAAAGAAGACGAUCUACACCUUCUGCCAUUACUAAAGCUCUUGGCAAGUCAAAACAGCAUUCCAGGGAAACUACACUCUCUUCUUCCCAUUCAGACAAUGGGCUGCCGAGUGGGAUCUUUAGCAACUCAGAUUCCACUUUCGUCCUGGAUGAGCGAGUACAGCUAACCGUGGGCUUGCAGACUCAGGAGAGACAUUUGAUCUUGUUCAGUGAUAGGCUGAUCAUUGCCAAGUCCAAGUCUUCCUCCAGCCUGAAGUUUAAAAAGCAAGUGCAUCUGAGUGAAGUGUGGACCAGCAACUGUCUCAGUGAAGUAACUGAGAAAAAGAUGAGUCCUGAGUAUUCAUUUGUUAUCGGCUGGCCUACCAUCAACUAUGUUGUCACAUUCAGCUCAGCUGAGGUGAAGGAACAAUGGCUGUCUGCAUUGCUGUGGCAUAUCAGUGAAAUGAAACAGAAUGAAUGUCUGAAGAACCUAACCCUUCAGAUCUUCAUGCUGGAUGCUGACAACUGUUCUUCUACCACCACAGUCAAGGUGUCCAAUGUGGAAACUGCAGAGAGUGUGAUAAAGAAGACGCUUGUCCAGCUUGGAUUUCCUGGUAGAACAAGUGACCACCAUCUCUGGGUGAUCUCAGGAAAAGAUGACCCUGCUUACCCUCUCAUUGCAGGGCACGAACAUCCAUUCAGCAUCGCACUGAACUGUCUCCGGGACUCUGCUGACCAGCACCAAGGAACCCACAAUCACACCCUCCUGCUUGAUGGCUCAGAGGCAUCCUUUCUUGAGCAACUCCCAAAAGAGAAACAAUGUCAGUUUGUCCUAAAACCCAGGCCCCAAGCUCCAGUGCCACUGAGGAGGGAGUCAGUGCAGAAGCACACCAAGAGGAAGAAGUCCUUGAUUGACUGGGCCCUGCGGCGCAGCACCAGUGCACCCACAGACAGCCCUCUGUCGCAGUCACCUACCACCCCACAGAAACUCUUUGGCAUGUCUCUGUCCUCUGUCUGUCCUGACGGGAUUCUUCCCAAGCCAAUCAUGGAUAUGCUGUUCCUGCUGUAUCAUGAAGGUCCCUCUACUAGGGGCAUUUUCAGACGUUCUGCCAAUGCCAAGACUUGCAAGGAAUUGAAGGAGAAGCUGAACUCUGGGGAUGAUGUCCAGGUGGAUGGAGAGUCAGUCUUUGUGGCUGCAGCUGUCAUCACGGAUUUUCUCCGAAAUAUACCUGACAGUGUUCUAUCCUCAGACAUGCAUGGAAUGUGGAUGGAAGCUGUGGAUACAGAAAAUCGGGCACAUAAGAUUGAAGCUAUCAAAAGCUUGGUCAACCAGCUCCCAGAGGCCAACCUUAUCUUACUCAGACACCUCUUUGGAGUUCUUCAUCACAUUGAGCAGAAUUCAGUCGUGAAUCAGAUGAAUGCGUUUAACCUGGCUCUUUGCAUAGCACCCAAUAUGCUGUGGCUACCUAGUCCCACAGGGCCUGAGGAGGAGAGCAAGUCUACAAAGAAGGUAGCCAUGUUGGUACAGUUUCUGAUUGAAAACUCAGCAGAGAUUUUUGGAGGUGACAUUGCUUCCUUGUUUCAAAGACCAGACAAAAAUUCCACAAACUCAGAGGGAUCUCUGGGCAUGGCUCAGAAUGGUGACUCCUCUGAUGAGCUGGAAUUCUCUGCUUAUGACCUGGAAAGACCAAAGCAUUCUCUGAUGCCUAAAACAGAUGAUAUUUUUGAAUCACCCAGCGGCUUGUUACUUGAUGAGGAGCAAGAAGACUGGGACUUGUUCAGUGAGAUCACAGCCUGCUACCAAAGCAAAACCCAGAAGAAUUCCAGUGCAGACAGCUAUGACCUCCUAGAAGAGGAGGGUUCCUUCAGCUCCACUGGCUCAAUUCGUUCACUCAGCCCAGCCAGGGACCGGUGCUCAUCAGAGCCCAGUGUCUGCCUUAGCUCCCAGCUUCCUGCUCAGAGCCAUGAGCCAGUGGCUCGCCAGUCUAGCUGUGAUGCCACCAUUAUGCACAGUCACACAGACUACAUCCACAGGCUCAAGCAACUGCAAGUAGAGAGCCAGAAAUUGAUUGAUGAAGGCCUUAGCACUGGGGCUAAUAAAGUCAGGCAGAAUUUGUGGCAGCCACCUCAGGCCAGAUCUAGGGUGAAGAAGCUCAGCUUUCAGAAAUCCAGCCUGUCCAACAGGUCCAGCUUCUCUAGCCUGUCCUCCACCGCUACAUCCCCAUCUGCAUCCUCGCUUAGCUCCCUAGACAGUGCUUUCUCAUACUGCUCGGAGUCAUCAGCUGUCAGUUCCACAGAUGUGUCCUCCCUGUCAUUUAUAUUUGGCACAUCUGCAAGGCUUCAUGCUGUGUCUCCCAAAAUUGCCAAGAAGUCCCCAAAAGAGUGGCACAGGUCCUUCACCUCUCCUGUGCCUUUACAGCCAUGUGACCUAGACAGUUUCCAUGACUAUAAACCCAAGGCGGUAGAGAGCAGACAUUGUUCUGGGGAGAGGAAAAGUUUUCCUUCUGUCAGCAGAGCUGCAGCAGGAAGCCCACUAACCAACACUGACUGGGAGAAAGAGGAGAGACAGCUGGGAAUUGAGGGAGUGCCUGAUCUGAAGCUCCAAAGCCUGGAUUGCCCCAGCGAUCUAGAACAAAAUCCUGAGCCUUCACCUGAUGGCCCAGCCAGCAAGAAAUUCCUGCAGAUCAACCAGCAGCAACACAGGGAGAAGGUCGUGAAGCACAUUGAAAUCAGAAGUGUUGAUGCCUGCUCUCCAAGCCAGGAAAGCCUGAAGCGCACCAAGAUAACUUUUUACAUGUCCCCAAAUAAAGAAUAUUCUUGGGGAUCACCAGUGGAAGAGGAGUGGCCCUUGGCAAACGCCAGCAGCAAUGACUCACCCAGUAGCCACAAAGAGCAAAGUGAAUCUAAGGGCUUGCAGACUGUGAGAGUCCAUAUUCCCCAGACAGUGUUUUAUGGGCAGAGUACCCCCCUUGUUCUGCAGUCUGCCUCCAGGCAGAUCCACUAUGAGCCAACAAUCCUGUUCUCACAAGCAGGGCACAAAGAGAGCCUCCCAAGUGCCUCCAUUCCUAAGGAGCUGGAGAGCAAGCCAGUGGAGGUGACACAGGUGCCAGUCCAGAGCAAGGUUUUCAACACAUUCGGCCACACCAUCCGUAUCAUCCUCCCUGCUUCCAUUCGAAGCACCAUCAGGGAAUAUUUCAAACAUGAUGAAACCAAGACCUACCCCUUGGCUGAAGCAGAAGCAGUGGAGAAUGAACUUCUUCGGAGCAGGACGGAGUGGCUCAGGAGCCAGCCACUGGCAGAAAUGGCUGAAAAACAUGAUGCAAUGGCUUUUGCAGAAGAGACAUUUGUCUAGGGAGAUGGCUGUGGAAGAACUGAAUUUGUGUGUGUGUGUGUGCAGCAGAAAAUAUUCUGAUCAAGGUGUGUAGUGGGCUGUCUUGAGCAGUAAGUGUGAAGUGGCACUAAUGUGUAUGUAAUGUUGGGGUUUGCAGUUCAUUCUGGUUGGGUUGUGAGUGUUGUUCUUUUUGUUACAUUCUUUUUCUACUUGAGAUACUUCACCAACGAGGUGUUGUGUUGAGGGAUCUGAAUGCCAUCAGACUGUCCCUGAAUUUGCUGACCUUGGCAGAGUCUGACUUCAUUUCUUUUUGAAGCAGAAAAGGAAAAACUCUAUUUUAUUCAGUCACUAGCAUGUACAGAUGACUGGAGAACUGGGGCAGCAAAUGCUCCAGCAGAAUUAGUUGAAUUUUAAGCUUGCGUGAAAUUCUCCACUCUUCCCAGUUCAUCACCACCAUUCAUCUAAAAGGAGAUUAUUCACAUCCACCCCAGAAAUCACUACUUCUCUUUGCUUAUCUUCCUUUUGUUCCCCCAGGGGGGUAGAACUCUGUGUUCAUUACUUCUUGCUUCAGCAGAACUAUGAAUGUUUCACUUCUGUGGCAUCCUCUGGGAACAGCUGGGCCUUUCAGUCCUAGUAAGAAGUGACAUCUUUUCUGUAACUGAGUGUGACAGUUCAGAACACCCUUUCCAGAAGCAGUGUUGGAUGGGGAUUGUAAUCAAAUUCCUAGUUAUGCUGAAAGGGGCCCAGGCAGCAGUUGGUUUUAGCAUGAAGUCAUGGUGUUGUGGAAGUAGUCAGGAAAGCUGUGAAGUGGGUGAUGCAGCAAAAGUCCCAUUGGGCCAGGAAGCUGUCAGACAGUUUAAUAAGCUGAGAUUGUUCAGGUUUUAACAGUGCUGCUAAAGCUGUGUCAGAGAAAUGCAUUCCCACUCAUCAAAAUACUCUGCCCAGUGUGGUCUAGCAGAGUUAAGUAUGGAGAAAUGACAGGCAAGCAUAUAGCAGAUGGCUGCUUGUAUGGCACUAACAACAUGCAGCCAUUAGGAUUUUACAUCAUUGUCGUGAUGCCACUCAGGACAAUGCUUAGAAUAAUUUUUGCCAUAGUGUGACUUAGAGGACUGUGGUGCUUCCAGCCCAGCUCUAAAAUAAGCAGAGAGCACCACAGUAGUUAGAUAGGAGUUAAGAAAAUGAUGGGAAAAUUCUCAAAGAUUGAAAGACUCAGGAUACGUCAUUCACCCAGGGAGAUAGCCCAUCUCAUCAGCUAACAGUGAAUGGGUAAAAGACAGAAGAAACUCAUGAAUCUUAGUGAUCAAGUGGUAGACUUUCUGAAGUACCCCUUUGAAAGUUGCUGAGUGUAUGCCAUCACCAUCCUUGAGGGUUGCUUGACACCCAUUGUUAUUUAGCCCGUGUACAGAGUGAAAGCCAUAUCUGUAAAUGACCAAGUGAGAAUUCUGCAGGUCACUAUCUGUGCCUGGGAUCUGGUCCCAGAUCUGAAAUCUGAAUUUAUACUCUGUGAUUCCCAUGGGGAUGGAGGGAAGCCCAGAUUCCACAAGGUGUACAGAAAAUGUUUCGUCAUGUGCAAAGUGUUCAGCUCUCAGGUGCAUUCUCUGUCCUGUCUCACUUUGGUGGGCCUUGUAUGAUGAACGGUGUAUAUAGUUGUAAUGCAAACCACCUGCUAUCAUUUUCCUCACACAGGCACUAAGGAUGCACAGUAUUGUUUAGGUUUUGGUGGGGUUUUUUUUGUUUUGUUUUUUGUUGUUUUUUUUCCAUUUUCCCCAGAACUAUGGUUGUAACUAUUUGAAUAAAAGAGGCACAAGUUUGUUUGCAAUGUA